AUGGCUCCGUAUCCAUACAAAGUGCAGACGACAGUACCUGAACUUCAAUACGAAAACUUUGAUGGUGCUAAGUUCGGGUACAUGUUCUGGCCUGUUCAAAAUGGCACCAAUGAGGUCAGAGGUAGAGUUUUACUGAUUCAUGGGUUUGGCGAGUACACAAAGAUUCAAUUCCGGCUUAUGGACCACUUAUCACUCAAUGGUUACGAGUCAUUUACGUUUGAUCAAAGGGGUGCUGGUGUUACAUCGCCGGGCAGAUCGAAAGGUGUAACUGAUGAGUACCAUGUGUUUAACGAUCUUGAGCAUUUUGUGGAGAAGAACUUGAGUGAAUGUAAGGCCAAAGGCAUACCCUUGUUCAUGUGGGGGCAUUCAAUGGGCGGUGGUAUCUGCCUAAACUAUGCCUGCCAAGGUAAGCACAAAAACGAAAUAAGCGGAUAUAUCGGGUCAGGCCCAUUAAUAAUUUUACAUCCGCAUACAAUGUAUAACAAGCCGACCCAAAUUAUUGCUCCAUUAUUGGCGAAAUUUUUACCAAGGGUAAGGAUCGACACUGGUUUAGAUCUUAAAGGAAUCACAUCUGAUAAAGCCUAUCGUGCUUUCCUCGGAAGCGAUCCUAUGUCUGUUCCACUAUAUGGGUCGUUUAGGCAAAUACACGACUUUAUGCAACGUGGUGCCAAGCUCUACAAGAAUGAAAACAAUUAUAUUCAGAAGAACUUCGCUAAAGACAAACCCGUUAUUAUUAUGCAUGGACAAGACGACACAAUCAACGAUCCUAAGGGCUCUGAAAAGUUCAUUCAGGACUGUCCUUCUGCUGACAAAGAAUUAAAGCUGUAUCCGGGCGCAAGACAUUCGAUUUUCUCACUAGAGACAGAUAAAGUCUUCAACACGGUGUUCAAUGAUAUGAAGCAAUGGUUGGACAAACACACCACGACCGAAGCUAAACCAUAA